AUGUGGACCAAUAGAGUUGAAGAGGUAAUUGAUAGAUAUAAAGCCAAUAUUAUAGAGGAAGAAGACGUAUCUUUAUGGAAAAAUGGAAAGGGAGAUUACAAGAAUCGUUUCUCAUUGAAGGAGACUUGGCAAGUGACUAGAGUGCAGUAUCAGAGCUGCUACUGGCAAAAGAUGGUCUGGUUUAAGCAUGCUACUCCAAAAUUCUCUUUUGUUAUGUGGAUGGCGAUGAAGGAAAGAUUAUCUACGGGUGAAAGAAUGAGUAAUUGGGGAGGCAGUGUUGAUACUACUUGUGUGUUUUGCCAAGAUCCUAUGGAGACUUUGGCUCACCUUUUCUUUGUCUGUCCAUAUUCUUCUCAGAUUUGGGAGGGUUUGACAAAGAGAGUUAUGGAUACUCAAUACACAACGAGUUGGAGGGGUAUUAUGCGAGUGGCUUUGGAUAAUACUCAAGAGAAGAUCAAGCUCUUCACUUUGCGGUAUGCUCUUCAAGCUACAGUGCACACAAUUUGGAUAGAAAGGAACAGAAGAAGACAUGGGGAAACUCCUAAACCAGCAGAGCUGUUGAUUAAAUGGAUUGAUAAGAUGGUGAGAAACAAGUUCUCAAUUAUAAGGAAGAGAGGGGAUAAGGAUUUUGAUGGAGGGAUGGUAUAUUGGUUUAGCACAAGAUAG